AUGGAUAGUGGUAGUUCUGCUGGUUCCCGUCUUAUCAAGGGCCUGCCCGGACUCGGCGACCGUGGUUUCGACCUCUUUGACAACUUCCAGAUUAGAAGGGCUCACGUGGAACGAAAUAUACCUACCAGGCCAAUGGUGCGAGCGCAUUACGUUGUUUUGCACGUCAGCAUCACUUAUGGCACAAAUUUCUCACAAAUGUUUUAUUUGGCUUACCCUUCUACUGAGUUAGCAGUGCCGCUAAUUCAGUCUUACGAUGGAACUGAUUUCAAUAUGGAUGAUGGCCUCAAUUUGUUUGGUAACGAUGAAGUCAGAUCCAGUCGAUCAAAGAGAUCACGUGCUUCUUCGAAGCUUUAUGAUGACUUUUUCGUGGGCGGAUGUGGAACUCGAUCGCGACAUCGAUCUGGAAGUGUUAGUGAAGUUGGCAAGAGGAGCAGGUUGAUAUCGGGUGUCUCUGACGUUUUUGAUGAGCUUAUAUUCAACGGUGAUCUCAGCGUACAACAAGCUGCUGAACAGUUUUUACAAACUUUGGAAGAGAUUCCAUCUGAAAGUAGUGAGGUUAGAGAAACUCUUUCCAGAUUUUCUAUUUACUUUGCGGAUAUGAUCAGCUGGGUUGUGGAAUCAUUGCAGAGGGCAGGUACACCAGAGGCGCUUGCACCGUUACCCGAACCAGCGGUAUUUUGCAUUGCAUGCGGUUGCGAAUGCAAACCUCACGAAGGGAAGUUGAGCGUGUCUUUUGUGCAAACAUCAUAUCAAAACUCGAACUUACCACCUUUACGUUCUGAAGCGCAAUGUCCCUGGGAUUAUAAAGAGCAACUUACUGUUCUUGUCUUUCCGAGUUUUAUCUAUUCGAGUCGUGAUCAUUAUGGUCUACUUGAGUGUCUACGAUCAGAACAAGAUUUUGAUGUAUCAUCAGCGAGUUGGCUAAAGUCCAGUGAUUCACUAGAUUAUUCUGAAGGGAGAGCAUAUUUUGGAGCGUCAGCUUCUACGUCUACAGCAACUGCGUCAUUGACAAGAGUUGAAGAGAAUCCAGCAGAGUCUGCCAAGAACUCAGAACGUACAAGAAGCCUGCGAAAGAAUAAACAUUCUUCACGUACUGAUUCGAGUUUGAUUAAAGACGAAAGAGAAGAUUGCGAUCAGUCGUCAGGAUUGGAUCCCGUUCGAUCGCCAUCACCACUAGAAAAUUUGAAGAAAGUGGUCAGAUUUUAUUAUUCUAUCUUUAGUUGUGUACCAUUUUAUUCAUAUUGGAACAAUUAUAUAUAUAUAUAUAUAUAUAUAUAUAUAUAUAUACAUAUAUAUAUGUAUAUAUAUAUAUAUAUGUAUAUAUAUAUAUAUCAUUACUUAUGCUAAGU